AUGGCUGCUAUGGACAUCAUGAGGAAGCUCCAGGCAGAACUGACUUGCUCCAUUUGUCUAGCGGACUUCUUAGACCCGGCCACCCUCGACUGUGGGCACAAUUUCUGCCAUGGCUGCCUGGUGGGUUACUGGGGGGACAUCACCUCUGAGCUCACCUGCCCUCAGUGCAAGGAGGUGCUUCCACGGCUGGUCUUCACACCAAACAGGCAGCUGGCCAAUAUCGUGAUGCUCAGCAGAGAGCUGGGCAAUGAGGCCGUGCAAGGGCACCGUGGAGGUCAAUUCUGUGAACAGCAUCCACCGGCGGUGGCAGCCUUCUGUGUGGACGAUCUGACGCCCUUCUGCUCAGCAUGUGACGGCUUCCUCCAGGAGCACAGUGCUCACAACGUCAUCUCUGUGGCCGAGGCUGCCCAAAAGCUGAAGAAACGAACAGGAGAAGCAAAGGAAGUCAUGGUGAGCAAGUUCAUGGAAUUAUGUCAUUUUCUGACUAAGCAGAAGGACAUGCUUCUGCUUGAGGUGGUGGGAAGGCUGGAGAAGGAAAUGACUUGGAAGCAGGCCCAAUACACAGCCAUAAUCCACCGGAAAGCCUCUGACCUGGAUGCCAUCAUCCAGGAUUUGAAGGAGAAGUAUCAUCAACCAACACCGGUACUCCUGCAGGAUGUUGGAAGCACCUUGAAGAAGUGUAACAGGGAGAUUGUUAUGAAUCCUGCAGCUUUCCCAAAUGAUAUAAAAAUACUUGCCUGGGAUUUAUUAGAUUUUAAUGCAUUUCUGGAGAAGUGCUCGACACAGUUCAAAGAUACAAUGAUAUCUGGAUAUCAAAUGAAGAAAGCAAAUGUGACUUUCGAUCCAGACACGGCUCACCCCAGACUCAUUCUGUCUGAGGAUCGUAAAAGCUUGAGACUGGGGAGCCAAUACCAAGCAGUGCCUGAGAAGGAGGAGAGAUUUGACAAGAUAACGUGUGUGCUGGGAUGUGAGGCAUUCCUAGAAGGCAGACACUACUGGGACAUUCUUCUGGGCCCAAAGGGCUGUUGGGGAGUUGGAGUUGCUAGGAACUCUGUGAAGAGAAAGGGACUUAUUCCCAUCAGUGCACUAGAAGGGAUCUGGGCUAUAGCAAAAUGCGCAGAUCGGUGGGUGUUUCUUGAUCCCCCUAACUAUUUUUAUAUCCCCGUUGGCUGGGAGGUCAAGAAGAUCCGCGUGUCUGUCAACUAUAUUGGGCAACGGGUGACCUUUUGUGACUCUGACCGGGGGAUCCUGAUUCACACAUACCCAAGAGCUUCAUUCUCCAGCGAGCCGCUCCGUCCCAUCUUUUGGCUUCAACGGAAAGGCCAGCUCUCCAUUGUGCCCUGA